AUGUGGCGGUUAAGCCGUAGUAUUUCAUCUAACACAAUAUCCAGAGAAUUAUGUUCCAAUCGCCUUUUCGGGUUAACAAGGGUAUCGUCGAAGUUCUCGACUACUUCCAGAGAUAAUGUUUUAUCAAAACGAGAAGUAAACAAUAUUUUGCAUAAAAACAUUAGAAUAGAGGAACGCUUUGUGAAUCAGGUCCAAAAAGCGGUUCAACUCUUCUCCACACCGAAAGGGUUUAAAAAGUUUUUUGAGCAAAGCUCCUCCAGUAAUAAUAAUAAUAAGUCUGCGAACUCUACUAACACGUCUUCAGAUAAUCAGAAAAAAACAGGAAAUGAUAAAGAGAAAGGAAGUGGUGGUCCUUUAGAUCAGUUCCCUGGAGGAUGGCAGCAAAUUGCGGUUUCCGUUGGUGCCAUUAUCGGUUUAUAUCUAUUCAUGGAUUAUCAAUCUUACCGUGAAAUUUCCUGGAAAGAGUUUUUCUCAGAGUUCCUAGAACCCGGAGUUGUUGAACGAUUAGAAGUUGUAGAUAAAAAAUGGGUUCGCGUCGUCACUUCACCGGGAAGAGGCGGAGGACAAACAGCAUAUUUCAAUAUUGGAAGCGUUGACAGUUUUGAGCGUAGUUUGGCUGCAGCUCAGCAUCACUUAGGAUAUGAAACAGAACGACAAAUUCCUGUUCUCUAUAAAAGCGAAUUUGAUUUCAAACGUGAGAUUCCAAGCUUGAUCAGUGUUGCUUUCCCUUUGCUGUUCGGAUAUUAUAUAUACAGAAUGUUGAGAGGAGGAGGAGGUGUUGGAGCUGGAGGUAAGCCCGGUGCCGGUGGACUAGGUGGAAUGUUCGGAGGCUUCGGUCAGAGCACAGCGAGAAUAAUUAAUAAAGAGGAUAUCAAAGUCACUUUCAAAGAUGUCGCUGGAUGCGAGGAAGCUAAAAUAGAAAUCAUGGAGUUUGUUAAUUUCCUCAAGAACCCACAACAAUAUAAAGACUUGGGUGCGAAAAUUCCAAAGGGAGCCAUAUUGACUGGUCCUCCAGGCACAGGAAAAACAUUGUUAGCCAAAGCCACUGCUGGUGAAGCUAAUGUUCCCUUCAUCACUGUUUCUGGUUCUGAAUUUUUAGAAAUGUUCGUUGGUGUGGGACCUGCAAGAGUUCGCGACAUGUUCGCCAUGGCUCGUAAAAACAGUCCUUGCAUUUUAUUCAUCGACGAAAUUGAUGCAGUUGGAAGAAAGCGAGGCGGAAAAGGAGGAAUGGGUGGUCACUCUGAACAAGAAAACACUCUUAAUCAGCUUCUGGUGGAGAUGGAUGGAUUUUCGACCGAUGAUUCUUCCGUUAUCGUUAUGGCUGCUACCAACAGAGUUGAUAUCUUGGAUUCUGCUUUACUACGUCCUGGCAGAUUUGAUAGACAAAUAUAUGUACCUGUUCCAGAUAUAAAGGGGCGCGCUUCAAUUUUCCGAGUCCAUCUUGGUCCUCUUAAAACUUCUCUAGAUAAAACGGAAUUGUCACGCAAACUGUCCGCUCAUACCCCAGGAUUCUCUGGAGCUGAUAUUUCCAACGUUUGUAAUGAAGCUGCGUUGAUCGCCGCUCGUGAUGCCAACAAAGAAAUAACUCAGAAGAAUUUUGAACAAGCCAUAGAGAGGGUAGUCGCAGGCAUGGAAAAAAAAAGUCAGGUUCUACAAGCCGAAGAGAAGCGAACUGUUGCUUACCAUGAAGCUGGUCACGCUAUCGCGGGAUGGUUCUUACAAUUUGCGGAUCCUCUUUUGAAAGUCUCUAUUAUUCCAAGAGGAAAAGGAUUGGGUUAUGCCCAAUACCUACCCAAGGAACAAUAUUUGUAUACUAAAGAGCAACUUCUUGAUAGAAUGUGUAUGACAUUAGGUGGUCGUGUUGCAGAAGAAAUUUUCUUCGGUAGAAUCACAACUGGAGCUCAGGAUGAUCUCCAGAAAGUUACCCAAAUGGCUUAUUCACAAGUUGUUAAAUUUGGAAUGUCCGAGAAGGUGGGACCUCUGUCUUUCGAAACAUCCAGCCCCGGAGAGAUGUCAUUCGAUAAACCUUACUCGGAGGCUACAGCUCAACUCAUUGAUCAAGAGGUGAGAGAUAUGGUCUUCAGUGCUUUGAACAGAACAAGGGAUCUUCUCAUAAGCAAGAGGGAUGACAUAGAGAAAGUAGCUCAAAGGUUGCUUGAACGUGAAGUUUUGUCUCGCGAAGAUUUGGUAGAAAUUGUUGGUAAACGUCCCUUCGUUGAGAAGCAUACUUACGAAGAAAUGGUAGCUGGAACCGGAGGUAUGGAUGAGAACACAGAGUUGCCUAAAGGUCUUGAUAGUUGGAAUAAGGAGAGAAACAGUACAACAGAGCAAGAAAAGUGA